AUGACGCAUGUUUCGAGACACGCUCAGUAUAUCGUCGCCAUGAACAAAGCACAGGGGAAUCCGGCUGGAGCCGCUGCCGGCGGGGCGACCACGGCCCAGCAGCAGCAGCAGCAACAAGCUGCUCGACGUCGACGCGCGUAUUUCUUCAGCGAAACGACGGAAUCGUUGUUGAAAAAGUACGAGAAGGAUGCUCCAUCGUUGGAGCUACAUAUUCACAAGACACAUUUCCGGUUUGGCAGCCAGGAGAGCGUGAUUCCGAAAAACUCGCCGCUCAUCAAAAUCUUUCUUGAGUACGUUAAGGAGGAGCAGAUUCCGCUGGCGGCCACAGAGGUGUUCAAGGAUGCAGGUAUGCGGUUUUACGAGGGAUGUAUUAUUUUGGAGAUUGUCGAUUAUCGAGGAGUUCCCGACAAGACCGAGGAGACGGAGCAGCAACAGCAGCAAAAUCAACAGCAAAAUGGUCAGGAUCCUAAUCAGCAACAGAAUCAACAGCAGAAUCAACAACAAAACCAGAACCAACAAGAGACACAGGAGCCUACAGUUCCGCCAAAAUCUUACAGAACGCUACUGAAACCGACUCCGCUGUCCAUAUACCACGAUCUCAUGUACACAACGGACCCCAGUCACGGUCGAUUCACCGACCAGCUGGCUCUGCUGAUGGAGGCCGAGAUUCUGAACCUGACGAUCCGGAACGUCAACCUGUGGGUGUCGCAGGAUAAGUGGAAGGAUCAGGACAACAAGCGAUACCUGUCUGCGCCCGUGACGGAGCCACGCACCUUCUCGUCGCUCAAGGAAGCCAACAAGCUACUGCACCAACACAGACCCGAGGGUAUUGUGAUCCAGAAGCCUCAGCAUGAAGACGUGUUGCACCAGACCUCGGACAUUGAAGAGCUCAUGUUGGUCAUGUCCGACCGAAACGACGACACUGCGACUACUGCUACGGCCGGUAAGUUCCAGCGUCUCGGGUUUGUCGAGCAAUGGCGGAAGAAGCGAGACCGCAUCAGGCAGCAGAUGCAGGCUCAGGGAGCUACUGGAGCACCUGUUCCUGCUCCCAGUAUUGGUCCUGGACCUGGUCAGGGCCAGAUUCCCGGUCAGAUGCCUGUUGGCGGCCAGAUGCAGGGCAUGGGUCCCAUGGGCGGUCCUCAACCCGGUCAAAUGGGUGGGCAGAUGGGUCCUGGACCUGGUCCCAUGGGUGGACCUGGGCCUGGUCAAAUGGGAGGCCCCCAGCAGGGUUUCAACCAGAUGAACCGAGCCCAGAUGCAGCAGAGAAUGCAGCAGCAGCAACAGCAGCAGCAGCAGCAGCAGCGGAUGAAUGGAAUGCAGAACCCCAUGGGAAUGCAACAGGGCCCACCUAUGGGAAUGCAACCUCCCGGAGUCCCAGCGAUACCCGGACAGGGAAUCAGUGCGUUUGGAGGAGGACGACCUCCUGUUCCGCCUCAACAACAGCAUCCUGGAGGUCCUGCCAGUGGCGCGUCUACGCCUGCUGACUUUGGUACGCCCGCUGCUUCGCCUGGAGCAGUACAGAGUCCCGGAGCUAAAGCUCGGACACCUUCCGCUUCUCGAGGAAAGGUGACCAAGCCGCGGGCCAACCCUGCUGCUAAGCGGGGGAAGGCUGACUCGCCGCGUAACGUUGCUGGCAAGACCCUGCCCGGCGGAGAAAAGACGGUGCCGGGAAAGACUGUGCCUGGUAAGACCAUUCCUGGAAAGACUAUUCCUGGAAAGACGGUGCCCAAACGCAAGAAGAAGGAUUAA